AUGGACGAGCAAAGGCUGAAACGUUCUGCUUCCCUAACGAAUUUAUCUGAUCCGGAAGUCAAGGAGGUUAAAGAGGAACCGAUUGAAGAAAACGAUGAAGAAGUUCUCAUUAAUAAAAUAGGCGAAAUUGAUAAUGUUCCUCUCGUCUUCUCACCCAUCGGAGAGAGGUAUAACACUCUCAGGUAUUUGGAAGAAAAAAAGCCAACUGCUGUCAUCUUAUACAACUCUGAUCUAUCGUUGAUCAGACAGCUUGAGAUUUACAAAGCACUGAAUGAUAAACUUCACUUUGUUGUCCAUCAAGUGCAAUACUCCAAUUCUACGGAAGAAGAGCGUUAUUUGACGGCUGUUAACAAUGAAACUAGAGCAUUUGAGUCGAUCCUCAGAGAGAAAGCUACUUUACUCAUUCCUCGUACUUGGGAUGUCACUAGAGACGAACCUCCUACCCUGAAUGUGAACACCAGAGAUCUAGGAGCGCCAGUUCCUGAAGGAGUUCCAGCAAGACCUCUGAUCGUUGUGGAUAUGAGAGAGUUUAACAGUGAGCUUCCAACAAUUCUCUAUAAAAAAGGAUUUGAAGUGGCGGCUGCCACACUUGAGAUUGGUGAUUAUGUUUUGACUCCCGGUGUAUCAGUUGAGAGAAAAGCUCUGGAUGAUUUGACUCAAUCGUUACAGUCUGGAAGAGUUUUCAAGCAAAUUGAACAGAUGUUAGAACAUUACCCCAACACAUUCUUGUUGAUUGAGUCGAAUAGGAAGUUUGAAGCUAAGAUUGUAAAUGGAGGGCCUUUCCAGGGGGAACUGACUCGAUAUUGUCGGGACAUUCGUGCUUUACUAUGCUCUUUGGUAAGAGCUCAACCCAAAAUGAAACUCUUGUGGUCGAUCUCACCAGAGAACACUGCUGAAUACUUUGCCGAGUUGAAAAUCUCGAGGGAUCAACCAGAUGUUGAGAAAGCCGUCUCGCUGAGGUCAGGAGAUGCACCUGCACCUACUGAAUCAGGUCCCAAAGAUUCGAAGAAGAAGAGUAAGCCAAAUGCCCAAAUUCUCAGGAGUUUAUCGAGCAGCUUGGAAGGAGUAGCGAAAGGCGAUGUAACUUCGAUAAUGUUGAACAACGAGGUGACGUGUUUGAAAGAUCUCUUUACUUUCUCUUCCCAAAAAUUACAUUCAACGAUUGGAACACAUGCGGACAAACUGUACAACUUGGCUCAUUUCGAUUUCAGUCAGUCCUCAACUUAA